CACUACCCCCAUCGCUUUGCAUAUAUACAUGUGGACAUGUUGCUCAUUCGCGUUAUAAAAUUUGCGUACACUAUUUUCCGGGUUAUUCGAAAUAUGACACGGGCAAGCAAAUUAAGCAUUAUGAUUUUCGGUUGACGAGAUAUCUUCAUCCAGCUCGUUUACAGUUGUUCAACAGAUAAACCACGUUGAAUGAUCGGUCAUACAACUAAACUGUUGUUGAUAAUGGCAAAUCUAUUAUCAUACUUUAGGUAAUAUUCAACAUAUACAACCGAAUACACCAGCAGCGAUCAUCCACGGAGUUUUCGACUUAAUUCGACUUCGUUCGACCCAUCAUGUCAAACCACGACAUCGUAAAGAUCCUAAGGGGUGAGGUGACGUACCCCUCCCCCGUUGAAAGGGGCAAGAAGGACACCUAUCACAAAGGUUACCAUGGUUACGAUUCUAGUUUUAGUACGAUCCGACAGGUCUCGACAUCGUCGUCGCUCUCAACUGCAUCACGGUCUUCGUUGAUUCCGUCGAGGAGUAUGAGGAUGACGAGGGCUAAUGUUGGCCUGCCGACGAUGCCUCGAGCAGACAGUUACCGCCAGAAGAGGACUGUUUUGGGAGAGAUUAAACGACUGAAAUCAGCAAUUAAGAUAAUCAGCGAUCAACAAGCAACUCACCGGCCACAUCCAUCACUGGGAAAAGAAUAUGAGGUUUAUCAUUAAUCUUGUAAUAUAUGACUUUUAUCGGAUAUGAUGAGGUUUAUUCUUUACAACGAUCCCGUUUCGUUUGUGUUUCUUUAACAAGUAACAGAUUUAUUACUCUUAUUUCGAUUUUCAUCUAUAGGCACUGUGCGUUACGUAAGAAAACGAAGCUUUGAACAAUAUGUAUGAGAGAAAAUGUUAAAUUGCGACAAAAUUUUAAUAACGAUCAAACUUACAGUCACUAUGGAGUGCUGCAAGAGAAUUAAGUAACAUUCCUUCACUUCAACAUUGUUGCACUCAACAGCUAGAGAUGCUCGGCGGGUCGCGCAGCCGAGCACAUUGUAUCCGCCGAACCCACCGCGUCAUCCAUCAUUG